GCGCUGAGAACCUCUGGAACCUGGGACACAGAGUUCUGCAGCUGGCUGAGAAUUUCCCUGUGCAACACGACUCUGAAAAAUGCCUAAAUAUCUAUCCGUGAACCCCUUUGAAGACAUCAGUGUGAAGACAGAAAAUGGACAUCGCUCGAAGAAACAACGCUACAUACGCAAAGAGGGCAGUUGUAGCGUGAUGUUUCGGCAUGUCCCAGAAGAGUGGGUGCUCUUUGUCAAUGACAUCUUUACCACCUUAGUUGAGAUCAGAUGGAGGGUGAUGUUCCUGAUAUUUGCAUCGUCUUACAUCCUUUCCUGGCUCUUUUUUGGGAUACUCUUCUUCAUCAUUGCUUUGGCUCAUGGAGACAUCAAAGACCCUAAUAAUGACCCUUGUGUAUAUGAGGUGCGCAGCUUCACAGCUGCUUUCCUCUUUUCUCUGGAAACCCAAACCACCAUUGGUUACGGCUUCAGAGGAAUGUCUGAGAACUGCAUGAUCGCUAUCAUCAUCGUCACCAUACAGGAUGUCAUGAGCUGCUUCAUCGACACUUUUGUCAUCGGGAUUGUGGUGGCCAAAAUGGCUUCGGCCAGAAAGAGGGCGCAGACAGUUGGCUUCAGCAACCGUGCAGUUGUCAACCUCCGUGACGGGUAUAUGUGUCUUUCCUGGAGGAUUGGGGAUUUCCGCAGGCACCACAUGGUGGAGGGAUCAUCCUGUGCUCAGAUUCUCCACACCACUGUGCACACAACCGGGGAAAUCAAUAUUACCUAUGAAGACCUGGUCAUCCAGCAAAAGGACAUUAUCUUGGUCACACCGACCACAAUUUCCCACAGAAUUGAACCAGGAAGCCCAUUGUACAAGAUGAGUUUGGAAGAUUUGCGAAAAGCAGACUUUGAACUAUUGGUGUCCUUCACCUAUACAGAUGACUCCACCGGCAUGCUGCAUCAGUCACGGACGUCGUACACAGUAGAUGAGAUCCUCUGGGGUCAUCUUUUCCAGGAGAUGAUCAGGGUGAGCAAGAAACACUACAAGGUGGAUUACAACCUGUUCAAUAACACAGCUAAAGUGCUGGUACCUGUGGUCAGUGCUGAGGAGUAUGAGCAGAAGAAGAACAAAAAUGAGAAGCAGCUUCGGCUUUGCGCUCAACCUUCUCCUAGACAUUCCCCCAGAUGUUCCCCACAGCCAUCUUCACGAUCACCGCAGAAAUGUGAUGAGGAGAAUUGUCUGAAUGACCCAACAGUAACGGUGGAACUUAUGCAAGACAACCAACCAGAACCAAAUCUUCCCACAACGGAGACCGAAAGUCAACAUCAAGAAACUUUGGCUGUGCCAAGAGACCCCACAAUCACAGAACAGGAAACAUAAAAAUGUUACCAAUGCACCCAACACCAACUGCAGACAGUGUGUAUGUGACAGAAUCCAUCCAUCCAUUUUCUUUACAUCCUUGUCCCUUAGUGGGGUUGGUAGGGUUGCCGGUGUCUAUCUCCAGCUAACAUUCUGGGCGAGAGGCGGGGUUCACCCUGGACAGGUCGCCAGUCUGUUGCAGGCCAUGCGACAGAAUGCUAUCAGCAAAACUUAAGACAUCUCAGAAGCUCAAAAUACAUUUCAUCACUCAACCAAAUUAUGUUUGUGGAGCAGAUCAUUUUCACCAAGGGUGAACAGAGGUUCUAGUGACUGACACCAUUUCUUUUCCUUUUUCUUUUCCUUCUUCAACAAAGCCAAUCUGGUUGUGGCACCGCACUGCACAAUAAAUUCAGGCACUAAAUUCAGGCACGUAAAUACACUAUUUACGUUAGUGUACACACAAAAUGAGAAUAAAGAUUAGACUUUCAAAAAUACUUUCAAUUUGUUAUUUUUGCAUGCACACUCAGCAUGGACUAGUUUCGGUACAGAUCAGUUUUUUUUUUUUUUUUGUUUUUGACACAAAUAUUUUCUGUCACACAUAUGCCUAAAACUGCUUUGAAAAAUAUUAGAGUGCUAAGUUUCUCAAUUUAUGCAGGAUGUAGAUCAGUGACUCAACCAGGUCUUUAAUUACUGUGUAAAUUAGAUUUUUUUUAAUCAGAGUAUAUUUUAAAAUGGGUUGCUGGUUUUCUCAUAUUUUAUCUGACAUUUAUUUACUCUAUUAAUGUUGUCAACCAAAACAUUUAGAGCAGACUCUAAAAUUAAAGUCUUACUAUUGACGCCUUCA